AUGCUGAAGAGAUCUUUUGGUUACAAGGAUCGUGCCGGCAAGGCAACGAAGCCUGUCAAGAGAUCCUUCCGUGAUGAUGCGAAGCUGAAGUUGAUGGAGCAGCUUGCUCAGCCGUCCAGUCCGCCUAGCGCUGUCCAAGCCUCUCCCAGGCUCAACAGCGCCAUAGUCACCAUCGUGGUGGGCAAGGAUCAACGCCUGUUCGCCGCCCAUGAAGACGUCCUCAACACCUCGCCCUUCUUGCAAUCGGCAGGCAAGGAGGCCCUCUACACAUCAACCUCGUCCUCAUCCCGCCGCAUCCUCCUCCCCGACGAAGAAGCAGAAAUCUUUUCCGCCGUCCUCGAGUUCAUGUACAAAGGUGACUACUUCCCGCGUCUACUCCACGACCGCAGAAGAAACACCUGGGUACUUGAAUCCGUAGACGAGUGUUCCUCCCUCUCCCCCAAAUCCCAGGGCAGGGAUAAUGCGACUACCGUCACCACUUUCAGUUCGAGAGUCAAUGGCUUGAUCUUGAGGGAUACUGCCAUCUACUGCCUGGCAGAGCGAUUCGGUCUCGAAGAGCUCAAGAAGCUGUCUUUGCGCAAGCAAGGAUUGCAGUCGGGUAUCGAGGUCGCAACUAUCCUUCGCAGUGCAAGAUUUGCCUAUGACAACACUCCCGAGACUGAUUCUCGGUUGCGUGCGCACUAUCUUGCUCUGAUCAUCCGCAGUCGCGACACCUUCAAGCGCAGUGGAACCAUGCAAGUGGAGAUGGAGAGUGGUGGACUUAUGUUCUUUGAUUUGUUCGUUGCCAUGGCGAACCACAUUAAUGAUUUGACAGAGUUGAAGGGGCAAGUUUGA